GAAACAAAUGUUGUUUAUAAUAGUAAUUGUCAUCAACAAUAAUUGUACUAAGUUUGAGUAAAUUGUUUAGGAUUAAUUCAAACAUUCAACUACUUUUCAAUUGAUUGAAGAUGCAAUGGAUCAGAAAACAAAGGUGGAUCAUCUAUCUACAAGCAGCCCUGACGGCCUCCAAGGCGCUUCCACCGGCUUUGAUCACCUCCAUCCCGGCCCUGCACGCUUUACUGCACAACUUGUUGUAUUUAACAUGAUGCUUGGUGGAGUGGCUUCCCGCACCUUCAGAUCGUUAAUGGUUAUGUGCGAAAAUUCGCCACCCAGAUUCGAUCCGGCCGAAGCGGUAAACAUCGCUUGUGCAUAGUGGGAAGAGUGAUCUUUCAUCCUUCGGAAUACUGCUGAUAAGGAUUAGCCGUUUAAAAAACCAGCAGCUGACGGGCUUCUCAACACUCGUAUCACGACAACCAACAAAGAAGCUAUGUCAUUCUCCGUUCCCAAACUUGAGUUCUCCAAUGGCCGCAAGGUUCCCAUCUUCGGCUUAGGCACUUGGAAGUCCAAGCCUGGAGAGGUGAGCCAAGCUGUUAAGGAUGCCAUUGAUAUUGGCUACAGGCACAUAGAUUGUGCACAUAUCUAUGGGAAUGAGAAGGAGGUUGGUCAGGCCAUCAAUGCUAAACUGGAUGAAGGUGUGGUCAAGAGGGAGGACCUCUUUGUUACGAGCAAACUGUGGAACACCUUCCACAGGCCAGAUCUUGUUGAGGGCGCGCUAAAGGAUUCUCUCGCCAAUUUAGGCUUGAGCUACUUGGAUCUCUAUCUCAUCCACUGGCCCAUUGGCUAUUUGGAGGAAGGUCCUUUAUUCCCCACCAAUAAGGAUGGUAGUAUGCUCUUUAGUGAGGUGGACUACGUGGAUACCUGGAAAGCGCUGGAAGCGUGCACCAGGAAGGGCCUCGUCAAGUCUAUAGGUCUGUCCAAUUUCAACAAAAAGCAAAUCGAGAGGGUGCUGAAAGCGGCCACCGUCAGACCGGUCAAUCUUCAAGUGGAAUGUCAUCCGUAUCUGAACCAGUCCAGGUUGAUCGAAUUCUGCAGGUCGAAGAGGAUUCAGGUGACUGCUUACAGCCCUCUUGGAUCACCGGACAGGCCUUGGGCGAAGCCCGAUGAUCCGGUCUUGUUGGACGAUCACAAGCUUAAGGAAAUAGCUAAGAAGUACAAUAAGACCGUAGCCCAGCUCCUGCUGAGGUACCAAGUUCAGAGGAACAUCAUUACCAUUCCCAAAUCGGUAACCAAGUCGAGGAUCGCUGAGAACUUCCAAGUUUUUGACUUCGCACUAACCGACGACGAUGUUAAAUACUUGGACUCGUUCAACUGCAACGGUAGAAUCUGUCCCAUGACACCAGCUUUGGGUCAUCCGCACCAUCCGUUCGAGAAUGAUGAAUACUGAGUGUUUCAUUUGGAAGAUGAAUGAACCCUGUUACUCUUAUAUUAUAUUUCUUAUUUUAUUUUGUAAAAAUUCAUACUGUGUCGAGUAAAACUCAUAAAAAAAAUAA